AGAUGCACUUAAUGAUUUUUCAAAAACUCUUUAAUAAAAUCAGAUAUUGUAAAAGCCUAUAAUAAUUAAGAUAUAAGUUGAUAACAAAUUAAAUAGGUAAUGUAGAUUAGAAAUAAAAACAAUAUGAAUAAGCUUUAAAUGAAUAUUCAAGAACAAUUUAAAUUAAAUCAUAAUAUAAUUAUGCUCAUUCUAAUAGAGGUAAAUAACGCCAUAAAAAAUAUGAUGAAGCUAUAUCAUUAGAACCAAAAAAUCCAUUACCUUUAUCUAGUUUGGGACGAUGAGAUUAAAUAUGAAUUAUAUAUUUUGAUUAUGUAUUCUUAUCAUCAUUUCCACUAUAAGACUCAAAACUUAAAACAUUCAAUACCAUAAUUAAAAUGAAGAAAUUAAAUAGUAAUUAGAUCUAAAUACAAAUUUAGGAAUGGCUAAGUUAAGUUAGGCAAUCCUUGUUUUUAGUCAUUAAGGCUAGUAGGUAUUUCCCUU